GCUAUAUUUUAUUAAGAUAAUUUUGCCUAUAAUUAUAUCAAGACAGUUCUUUAAAAUAACAAAUCACAAAUCCAUGCAAAGUUAUAUGGCUUACAAAUGUCUGAUUGUAUUCACAGAAAGACCAUUAAAAAAAAAACAGCAACUACGCAGUUAAACAACACCUCAUAUCACACAUACACACUGAAACAGUCUAAGAGGUUGCAUUACACCAAAGAUACAGAACUAACUAAGAUUGUCAUGUGCAUAAUAUCUGUUCAAGCAAUGACAGUGGUGAUACAGUAUUAUCACAACGUCUGUUUCUUGCAAAGUGUGAUUUGAGGGAAAGAAAUCGUUGCUAGCAUUCAGUGGACCAUUAACACAAAUAAAGGCUGUGGUUAAGUAUACACUGUCAUACAGAAGCCUUUAUUUUUGUUUUAAUGAAUAUUGUGAUGCACUCAUUAAAAGCUUUUAUUCACAAUGUUUUCUGCAAAAACUCCUACCGGAAAAAAGUAUAAAACCAGUAAUUGUUUACAAUAUUUUUACUAAUCUCAUACUCGUACAUUCUUUUAAAUUUGUAGUAGAUAGGCCUACAGAUGAAGCGAAACUGCUAAAAUGAGAGUGUCAUUUUAGCUAAGUGGUCAAUCUGUGACAUUUAGAUCCUCUAUUGGUCAAACAUCUUUUUGCCUGUAAGAGUUCACCGAACUUGAACUUACUUGAAUGCAUGUGUAUGAAUGGAAAUGAAUGAAACAGGAAACACGUGACUGUCCCUUUACAAAACUAAAGCAUUCACAUUGCUGUCUGCAGCCGAAAAACUUACUGGAAGCCACAUUUCACAGCAUGAAAAAAAUGAGUGCUAAUUCCACAAAAGUGCACAGAAUUGCAUCUAAGGAGACAACCAAUAUCAUCCAAAGUGGCACUUUGUCACUUUCAACUAAGAGCUACAAAUGUCUGAUCACCAUUCACUUGCAUUGUAUGGACCAACAGAGCUUAAAUAUUCUUCUAAAAAUCUUCAUUUGUGUUCUGCUGAAGAAAGUCAUACACAUCUGCGAUGGUAUGAGGAAAACCAAAGCAAUGGCAGACAAGCCUGAUAUCAGCGAGAUCUCUCAGUUUGACAAAGCUAAGCUGAAGAAAACUGAGACGCAAGAGAAGAAUACUCUUCCAACCAAAGAAACCAUUGAACAGGAGAAGCAAUGUGAGGCAUGAACUCACCGUCUGAUCUUCACCAAGGGCAAGAUGAGGUUGCAGUGAGCUUCAAGUUGCUUCACUUUAGGUGAAAGACUGUUUCUGCCAACCACCAAGAUACUAUGGCCGAGGAAUGGAGUGGCAUAUUACUGGCCCUCAGUGUUUUUAUUUGAUAAUGACCACAUGGCCUUGUGGAAGCUGAUGCUGUCUUUUCAUGGCAGUCACAAUUGUGUGUCAGUGCAGAGACCAUCUACUUUUCAUUGAUUUAGUUGCACAGAGGCUCAUGUCUAACUCUUAGAAUGUUCUAUGUACAUUCACCAUCUGAUCAAAGGUGAAAUUAUCUGCCCUCAUUUUGAACUUGGUGAAAUAAACCUUGCAAAUGAAUCCCCUUAUGUGUGUGGUUGCAUUCGUUUUCUUGAAGGUCGGUCUUGGUGUUUUGCUUUAUUUAUAAUGACUAGUUGUACUGGGUAAAGUCUCCUCUUUUGCCAGGAAAGACUUCCAAUAGCACUGUAAAUGUAAUCCCAAAGCAUUUACUCCCUGUGGAUCAUCAGCUUUCCCCCUUCUGCCCUCUCAUGCUUUCUUUUUUU